AUGAGGGGGCUGAGUGAAUCUGCUGACUUCCGUUUUCUUUUUCUGUUUCAGAUUUUGUGCACAGAUGCCUGUAGUAGUGUCCCCUGUGAGCUGGUCACAGUUAAAUCUACCACCACUGAGAUUCUUGUCAGUAGAAAACCAGAAAACCUUUCACUACUAACCGUGACCGAUUCGAGCAACCAGAACCCGCAGCGUUUCCAAGAGAACGGAGGCGACGUUAUUUCCGUUGCGGGGCUGGCUCCUGAACCCAGUCCUGUGUUUGACAUUGAAGCUAUUUCCAUCAGCCCCACCAGCGUGAAUCUAUCAUGGAAAAACGACGACUCAGCUGCUUCUAAUUAUGAGUAUGAAGUAAAGGAUGAUACGGGAAGCAGGACGAGGACUUCUGGUGCAAAUCAAAGAAGCAUUAAUAUCCCCAACCUAAGUCCAGCGACUUUAUAUACCUUCUCCAUCACUCCGGAAAUAAACGGAAGUAGGGGAAAUGCCAGCUUCAUAAAUGUCACAACAAAGCCUCUUCCAGUGUCUGGCCUUCGUGUUACCUGCAAGGGUGUGACCGCAGUUGCACUGGCCUGGAAGAAUAGAAAUGGCACUGCCGCCUGCCGGAUGCUCCUAGAAGCCACGGGAAGCCAUGAGGAGGUGACUCAAAACUUAGCAGUCAACAUUUCAGAACUGGAGCCAGGGUUUAAAUAUAAGGUCACCCUUAUAUUUAAUGUUUCGGAAUCAGACAGCACUGGAGAACAUGGCUCAGCAAAUGCCACCGGCACAGAGAGCUCAGACCCGACACCCAAGAGCCUCACUGCCCUUGUGUACAAAGACCCAGCCUCUGGCUUUCCUCCGACUGACACGGAAGUCCUGCUUCUUGGGUUAAAGUCUGACAUGUCAUACAAUGCCACUGUUUAUCCUCAAGCACCAACCGGCCUGGAAGGAGAGCCCCAGCUCAUAGUCUUCAGGACACAAUCCAGUCAGGUUUUUGACAUCGAAGCUACAAACGUCGCUGCCACGAGCAUGAUCCUGACCUGGAAAAUCAAUAAUGAUUCGUGCUCUGUCUACACCUACAAGAUACACGUUGAGCCCACUUCCCUCAAUCUCAGUCUCACCAUCAAUGAGACUCAGGCUGUCAUCGCCGGACUCAGCUCGAGCACCUUGUACAACAUCACGGUGCGCCCGUUCCUGCAGAACGGCUCUGCGGGCAUGCCGGGCUUCCUCCAGGUGUACACCCGUCCUGGUCCAGUUUCUGACUUCCAAGUGACGAGUGUCACCACAAGGACUGUUAGCUUAGCUUGGAGCAGCAAUGACUCGGACUCCUUUAGAAUACUCACCACACAGAACGGAACUGGAAAAUCUCAGGAGACAACCACCCAAAGUAGUAUCAUCAUUGGUGACUUAUACCCUGGGACCGAGUAUUGUUUUGAAAUAUUUCCACAAGGGCCAAAUGGGACUGAAGGGGAUUCCCGGACAGUUUGCAAUACAACUGACUCCGCUGCUGUGUUUGACAUCCGCGUGGUCCAUGUCACCACAACUGAAAUGACGUUAGAGUGGCAGAGUAUAGACAAUGCCUCUGACUACAUCUACCACCUACAGCUGGAGUCUAAGCAUGGCUCCAGCCAGAUGAACAGCUCCGACAAAUCCAUCACUCUCAGGGACCUGCUCCCGGGCACCUUAUAUACCAUCACCAUUUUCCCAGAAGUGAACGGUGUCCGCGGGAGCUCCAGCUUCACUGUGCAGUACACACGGCCCAGCAGUGUGUCCGACAUUAAAAUAAGUACCGACACCACAUCAGCAACCUUCAGGUGGCAGAACGCUGAUGAGGCCUCUCACGCGUACAUCUACCGCCUUCUUAUUGAGAAAAAUGGGAAUUCCAGCAACGCAACUGAAGUAGUCACAGGCAUUGGCAUCACCGAUGCUACAGUCACCGAGUUAACACCUGGCUCCGGGUACACAGUGAAGAUCUUCGCCCUAGUGGGGAACGUCACUGAGUCACUGGCGCCUGGCCGGCAGUCCUUCUGUACAGACCCGGCCCCAGUAGCCUCCUUCCACUGUGAAGUGGUCCCCAAAACGACAACCUUGGUGCUCAAGUGGGCCUGCCCUCCUGGGACCAACGAAGGCUUUCAGCUGGAGGUCAGCAGCGGAGACUGGAAAAAUACGACACUCCUGGAGGGCUGCUCCUCGGAGGACGGCACCGAGUACAGGACGGAAGUCACAUAUUUGAAUUUUUCUACCUCGUAUGACAUCAACAUCACUGCCUUGUCCUGUAACAAGAUGGCACCUCCCGCCCAGAACACCUGCCGCACGGGCAUCACAGAUCCCCCUCCUCCAGAUGAGUCUCCCAAUAUUACGUCUAUCAGCCACAAUUCGGUCAAGAUCAAGUUCAGCGGGUUUGAAGCCAGCCACGGACCCAUCAAAGCCUAUGCUGUCAUCCUCACCACGGGGGAAGGUAACCCGUCUGCAGAGGAUUUGAGCUACACCUACGGAGAUUUCAAAAGGGGGGCCUCGGCCACUUACGUGACGUAUCUCAUCACAACGGACGAACAGACGCGGUCGCAGGGCCUGUCGGAAGUCCUGAAAUACGAAAUCGCCGUGGGGAACGAGUCCAACACCCACGGCUACUACAACGGGAAGCUGGAGCCCCUGGGCUCCUAUCGGGCUUGUGUGGCUGGCUUCACCAAUAUCACCUUCAGCCCCGAGAGUGGACUCAUAGACGGGAAUGGGAGCUACGUGUCCUUCAGCCGCUACUCAGAGGCCGUGUCCUUGCCCCAGGACCCAGGUGUCAUCUGUGGAGCUGUGUUCGGAUGUAUCUUCGGUGCCGUGGUGAUUGUGGCUGUUGGAGGCUUCAUCUUCUGGAAGAAGAAAAGGAAAGAUGCAAAGAACAAUGAAGUGUCCUUUUCUCAAAUUAAACCUAAAAAAUCCAAGCUAGUCAGAGUGGAGAAUUUUGAGACUUACUUUAAGAAACAGCAAGCUGACUCCAACUGUGGGUUUGCAGAAGAAUAUGAAGAUCUGAAGCUUGUUGGAAUUAAUCAACCUAAAUAUGCAGCUGAACUGGCUGAGAAUAGAGGGAAGAACCGCUAUAAUAAUGUUCUGCCCUAUGAUAUUUCCCGUGUCAGACUUUCAGUCCAGACCCAUUCAGCUGACGACUACAUCAAUGCCAACUACAUGCCUGGCUACCAUUCCAAGAAAGAUUUCAUUGCCACCCAAGGACCUUUACCCAACACUUUGAAAGAUUUUUGGCGUAUGGUUUGGGAGAAAAAUGUAUAUGCCAUUGUCAUGCUGACCAAAUGUGUUGAACAGGGAAGGACCAAAUGUGAGGAGUACUGGCCUUCCAAGCAGGCCAAGGACUAUGGGGACAUAACUGUGGCAAUGACAUCCGAGAUUGUUCUUCCAGAAUGGACCAUCAGAGACUUCAUAGUGAAAAAUAAGCAGACAAGUGACAGUCACCCUCUGCGACAAUUCCACUUCACGUCCUGGCCUGACCAUGGGGUUCCCGACACCACUGACCUGCUCAUCAACUUCCGGUAUCUUGUCCGUGACUACAUGAAGCAGAGUCCUCCCGAAUCGCCAAUUCUGGUGCAUUGCAGCGCGGGCGUUGGAAGGACGGGCACUUUCAUUGCCAUCGAUCGUCUCAUCUACCAGAUAGAGAAUGAGUACUCCGUGGACGUGUACGGGAUUGUGUAUGACCUUCGCAUGCACAGGCCUCUAAUGGUGCAAACAGAGGACCAGUAUGUUUUCCUCAAUCAGUGUGUUUUGGAUAUCAUCCGGUCCCACAGGGACUCGAAAGUGGAUCUCAUCUACCAGAACACAACCGCAAUGACAAUCUACGAAAACCUCGCCCCCGUGACCACGUUUGGACAAACCAAUGGUUACAUCGCCUGAUUCCAAAGGAAAAUCUCUCUGGAGUUAAGGAGGCCACCACACCCACAGCAAAGGAAGAAGCCCCGAUGUGGACAUGCGUUUAGAUGUCUAAUAUCUUAAUUCUUUGUUCUGUUUUGUUAGAACUAAUUGAGGGUGUGAAGCUGCCCACGUAACACAGGAGAGAUGAGAAGUUGGGGCUGUUGGGGGCUGUGGAUGGGUGGUGAGCCAAUCAGCUGCAUUCCUGGGCCCCGGUGGGAGGAGUUCACUCUUUUCCCUUGAGAAUGAUGGAAAACCAGGAAAAGUGAGCUACGAUUCUUUUUUUUCUUUUUCAAAACAGAUUUUUUUUUUAAACAAAACAAAACUAUUUUAUAUGAUCCACAUGGGAAAGCCAGGAUCGUGUUGGGUUGAAUAUAUUUUAAGUAUCAGAGGUCUAUUUUUACCUACUGAAUCUUGGAAUCUCGCUGAUGGAAGAUGCAUAACUGUGGACGAUGAUCGUGCAGGGAGGGGCAGGCGGCGCCUCUCCUGCCCGGGUUUUCUAUUUGAACAUGUGCCUUUUCUGAAUUAUGCUUCCACAGGCAGAACUCAGAAGAUUUCUCUAUUUUUGUAUCGAAUCUCAUAAUUGGACUCUGCAGAAUAUUUAAACGGUAGUUUAGUAUCAGAGGCUCAGCCUUCUCAGUAACAUUCCUAAUCUUGAUGAGAGGAGGCCCCUCCCCCACUACCC